AUGGUAGCCAAUCUUUCGGGAUACAAAGUGCCUGGUGUACCGCACUACGAGCCGGCUGCUUUGAGAGUGUGGAUUAUUCUGUCCACAUCAUGGGUGACAACUCUGGCCGUGAUAUGCGUCUUUCUUCGCCUGCUUAGUCGACGGAUCAGAAAGCAACAACUCUGGUGGGACGACUAUUUAAUCAUGUUCUCCAUGGUGUGGAAUUGGGUAGUUCUCGGGAUAGGGUUUGCCAUGUAUAUCGAGGGCAUCGGCUACCAUGUGGACAGCCUCUCCCCGCAUGCGGUUCACAACAUUUCCAAAUGGCUUCUCAUCACUGAAAUCAUCUACAUCUGGAAUCUCUGUUGGACCAAGCUCAGCCUGCUGAUGAUGUAUUACCGAAUUUUUCGCCUUCCUGGCUUCAAAAAACAAGUCAUCGGUGUCGGUACUUUUGUCGUCUGCUGGGCCAUAACCAUCUCUUUCCUCUUUACCUUUGUCUGCAAGCCGAUUGAGAAGCUUUGGAUUCCCGAGUUGGAAGGCAAAUGUGUGAACGAGGUCGGCGUCUGGUUCGCCAAUGCCGGCAGCACCAUCUUCAGCGACAUUGUGAUCCUACUCCUACCCAUUCCUCAAAUCUGGAGACUUCAUUUGAAAAAGAGCGAAAAGAUUGGCCUGACGGUGGUGUUUGGCCUUGGAUUCUUCGCCGUUUUUACAUCUUCAUAUCGAACAUGGGUACUUUUCAACUACGACAAAAACGAUAUUCCUUAUACGCUAGCCCCGCUAUGUGUUUGGUCUGACGUGGAAAUGUGCGCCGGCAUCAUCUCAGCCUGUCUACCCACACUGCGGCCUGUUUUCAAUGCCGCGGCUCAGAAGAUGGGCAUCAACAUUCGCUUUGCACGCUCGACACCCUCUCCGCCUCCCGACACUACAAUCGCAACGAUUUCGAACAUCAGCAGCAGGAAGCCGCAUCUUUCUGUCAUGACGACGCAGCAUGAUCAUUCGGACAACAACCCCGACCGCAGUCCAUUUUACAGACUGCACGACGAGUCUGACGGGGAGGGCAAGCUUGGAGAGACGACGGAUGCGAGUUCCAUCGGCAAGUCAACACGGGCCGAGUCCAAGGCCAGCUGCUACGAGCUGCGUGCCAUUGAGACAGCAGGCUUCAGCGAAGCGUCGCUCGAAGAGGAACUUGACAGGCGGCGGAUGAGAAAGUCGAACGUAUAA